AUGUGGAAAAGGGGUCGCACUGAGGGUAUUGGGUACCACCCAGCUGCCCUAUUCGGAGAGGCUGCUCCCCAGGUGAAGUCAGAGCGUCUGCGGGGGCUGCUUGACCGGCAGCGGGCCCUGCAGGAGACCCUGAACCUGAAACUUCAGGAGCUACGAAAAGUGUGUCUCCAGGAGGCGAAACUAACUGGCCAGCUUCCCCCUGAAUGCCCCCUGGAGCCUGGUGAACGGCCACAGUUGGUCCGACGGCAGCCCCCUGCAGCCCGCACCUACCCUCCAUCGCACCCCAACCCAGCACACCACUCCUUGUGCCCAGCUGAGGAGCUGGCUCUUGAGGCCCUGGAGCGCGAGGUGUCAGUGCAGCAGCAGAUUGCAGCAGCUGCCCACCGCCUGGCCCUGGCCCCUGAGCUGAGUGCUGAGCAGCGUCGGCGCCGGCGCCAGGUCCAGGCAGAUGCACUGCGGAGGCUGCACGAGCUGGAGGCACAGCUCGGGGAUGUGCGGGCCUGCCUUGGCCUCCCAGUGCUCCCAUCACCCCAGCCACUGCCGCUGUCCACGGGGGCAGUUAUCACCACCCAGGGAGUCUGCCUGGGCACACGCCUUGCUCAGCUAAGUCAAGAGGACGUAGUUCUGCACUCAGAGAGCAGCUCCCUUUCAGAGUCUGGGGCCAGCCAUGAUAAUGAGGAGCCCCAUGGCUGCUUUCCUCUGGCUGAGCGCCCUUCACCACCCAAGGCCUGGGACCAGCUGCGGGCAGUAUCUGGGGGCAGCCCUGAGCGGCGAGCCCCAUGGAAACUACCAUCAUCAGAUCUUUAUGGGGAUCUGAAGAGCCGGCGGAACUCUGUGGCCAGCCCCACCAGCCCCACACGCUCACUGCCCAGGAGUGCCUCAAGUUUUGAGGGGCGAAGUGUGCCUGCCACCCCUGUCCUCACCCGGGGCACUGGCCCCCAGCUCUGCAAACCCGAAGGCCUCCAUUCUCGUCAAUGGUCUGGCAGCCAGGACUCCCAGAUGGGCUUCCCCCGGGCAGACCCUGCCUCCGACCACACCUCCCUCUUCGCAGCUCGUACCCGCCGCAGCAACAGCUCUGAGGCCCUGCUCGUGGACCGGGCAGCUGGUGGGGGAGCUGGCUCCCUGCCUGCUCCUUUGCAUCCCCCUGCUGCUGUUCCCCCGGUCUGUAAGAGUAGUGAGGUGCUGUAUGAGCACCCCCAACCAGCUCCUGCCUUCUCCUCUCGUACAGCUGGCCCUCCAGACCCUCCCCGGGCUGCUCGGCCCAGCUCAGCUGCCCCAGCCUCCCGUGGGGCCCCCAGGCACCUACCUAUGUGUGGGGACUUCCUCUUGGACUAUUCACUGGAACGGGGCCUGCCCCGUGGUAGUGGCGGGGCAGGUUGGGGGGAGCUGCUACCUGCAGCUGAGGUCCCAGGACCCCUCUCCCGCCGGGAUGGGCCCCUCACCAUGCUCCCAGGCUCACCACCUGUGUAUGCAGCUGACGGCAGCAGUCCCCUCCUCCGCAGCAAGGACCCUCAUGCCCGUGCCACCCGCACCAAGCCCAGUGGCCUGCCCCUGGAGGCCUCUGAGGGUCCGGAGGUGCAUCCAACCCCUCUGCUGUGGAUGCCCCCACCCACCCGUAUCCCCCUGGCUGGUGAGCGCAGCGGCCACAAGAACCUUGCAUUGGAGGGGCUACGGGACUGGUACAUCCGGAACUCGGGACUGGCUGCAGGGCCCCAACGCCGGUCUGUGUUUCCCCACAUGGGCCCACCACACCAACCCUUCCUCCAUGUCCGCUGCUAUGAGGUGGGCCAGGCGCUGUACGGGACCCCCAGCCAGGCACCGCUCCCACACUCAAGGAGUUUCACAGCGCCCCCUGUCUCCAGCAGAUACUACGCGGACUUCCUGUACCCCCCGGAGCUGAGUACUCGUUUAAGUGACCUGACGUUAGAGGGGGAGCAAUCCUCCAGUUCUGACCCCCAGACCCCAGGGACACUGGUCUGA